AUGAGCACUGACACCACCCCAAACAGUAACGAGACGCGACCCUUGUUAUCCGGGCGCGGUUAUGUAGAAGACGGUGAUUCUGUAAAUGACACAGACACAGCUCGGACAGCUCCGUAUUCUGCGCUAGGAGGCGCGCUUGGGGGGCAGCAAAACGAACUUCAGACGUUUGCCAGCCUCUUUUGGCUCCUUUUUGUCGAUUCUCUUCCAGUGACGCUCUCGUACAUCCUCCAGAACUCCAUUCAAACGGUGUCCGUCCUCGUGGUGGGCAGACUCGGCCCACAUGAGCUAUCAGUGGCUGCGUCUUCUUUCAUGAUGGCUAUGGUUGGAUGGUGCGUUGCGCUUGGCGGUACGACUGCCCUGGACACUCUAGGAUCGCAGGCCUUCACGGGAGGGGAUCGGUCUACGGUCUCUAUCCACUUCCAACGUUGCUUGAUUUUGUUGUGGAUGCUUUUCAUUCCGGUCGCCUGUCUCUGGUCGUUCAUGUCCCCCGUGCUAUGCGUUCUCGGACAAGAGAAGAAACUAAGCGAUGAUGUCCAGCAAUUUUUGACGGUGCUGAUCAUAGGAGGGCCGGGAUAUAUCGGUUUUGAAAGUUUGAAAAAGUAUCUCCAAUGUCAAGGUAUAAUGAGUGCACCAACCUAUAUCCUGAUAUUAGUUGCGCCCAUCAACUUAGCCCUUAAUGUGUAUCUGGUGCAUUUCACUUCCAUGAGACUACUAGGCGCUCCCGCCGCCAUUUCAAUCACGUUCUGGCUCUGUUUCAUCUUCCUCGGAAUUUAUACAUACUUCUCUCCGACCCAUCACCGAAAUCAGACCUGGUCCCGCCUAUAUCUAGAGAUAGUUUUUGAUAUUGGAAGCUGCGUACGCUUCCUCAAGCUCGCUAUACCUGGGAUUUUCAUGGUCGGAACAGAAUGGGCUGCGUUUGAGAUUGUCGCCCUGGUGGCGGGACAUCUGGGCUCACUACCCCUCGCUGCGCAAUCCGUCAUAAUGACGGCAGACCAGAUCCUGAACACGAUCCCGUUCGGUAUUGGUGUGGCUGCAUCCACGCGCGUUGGUAAUUUGAUUGGUGCUAGAAAUGCACGAGGAGCUAAGCAGGCUAGCCAUGUUGCCGCGGCCUUAAGUGUUGUUGUAGGGCUGUUCAUUAUGGUCGUCUUGACGGCAACUAGGAAUGUCUUCGGAUAUCUAGUCAGUGACGACGAAGCUGUCGUGGCACUCGUGAGCAAGGUUAUGCCGCUGGUUGCCUCGUUCCAGAUUUGGGAUGGUUUAGCGGGUUCAUGCGGGGGUGUUCUCCGCGGCCAAGGCCGCCAACAUCUCGGUGCAAUAUUCAACCUCGUGGCGUACUACGUGCUCGCGCUGCCAAUGGGCAUGACUCUAGCCUUGUAUCAACGGAUAAAUCUCGGGCUACAAGGCUUGUGGAUCGGCCAGGUGGUAGCCCUUCUCAUCGUAGGUCUUGGCGAGUACGCAGUCGUAUGGUUAGGUACCGAUUGGGAGAAGGAGGUCCAACUUGGCAUACAACGUAAUGCGGAAGAGGCGAAGCAUCGCCGAGAUCAUGAGCAAUCCCCGCCUGAAUAG